AUAGUCGUCCCUUUGCCUAUGCAAAGUAUGACAGCAAAGAAAACUAAACUAAACGUCACUGUCAGUCACGUCAGUCAAUACUUCCGUUGUCAUCGUGAUCUGCCCACGAAAUUAAUUCUUAUAAUUAUAUUUUUUAAGUUAAAUUGUUCAAACUGGCAUCGAGAAGAAUACUGUUUGUGGGUUACCACAAUUUCUCACCGAGCGUGGCAUAUCGGGCCAGCUGCAAUAGCUACGGCUUUGUGUCGCGGCGCAAGCACUCCAACAUGACGUCGGCACAAUGCGCCCCGCGGCAGCCCCCGGGCCGGCACGGGAGCCUCGGCUGCUCCGGAAACCCCGGCACGCCGGGUCCUGCGGUUACGAAACGUUAUGAUGAUAUAAUAAAAUCGCAAGAAGAUAAGAGAGAGUACAGAGGCCUGGAGCUCUCGAACCGAUUGAAGGUCCUCCUGGUGAGUGACCCCACCACCGACAAGUCGGCCGCCGCGCUCGACGUUAAUGUCGGUUAUUUGAGCGAUCCGGAGGAAUUGCCAGGCCUGGCUCAUUUUUGCGAGCACAUGCUUUUUUUAGGAACAGAAAAAUACCCAGAGGAAAACGAAUAUAACAAGUUUCUCUCUGAGCACGGCGGCUCUUCGAAUGCGUCUACCUCGUCCGACCACACGACGUACUAUUUCGACGUGCUGCCGGACCAUUUGGGAAAAUCUUUGGACAUUUUCGCUCAAUUCUUCAUCGCACCUCUGUUCACGGAGUCGGCCACGGGCCGCGAGCUGAGCGCGGUCAACUCUGAGCACGAGAAGAACACGUCAUCCGACACGUGGCGGCUCGACCAGUUGAAUAAGAGCACGGCUGAUAAAAAACACCCAUACCACAAGUUUGGCACUGGUAACCGUGAGACGCUAGAAACCACCCCCAAGGCGAAAGGGAUAGAUGUCCGCAAAGAACUCCUCAAGUUUCACGACACCUGGUAUUCUGCCAACAUCAUGACGCUAGCUGUCGUCGGAAAAGAAUCUCUAGACGAGCUCGAAGCUAUGGUGGUACCCUUAUUCUCAGCGGUGGCGGACACCUCGGUUGAAGCCCCAUCGUGGCCGGAGCACCCUUUUCCCCCGGAGCUACGCAGAAAGCGCGCCUACUGUUUUCCCGUCAAGGAUCUAAGGUCGCUGUCUAUCGACUUCCCUAUUCCGGACACUAGGAAGCAUUAUAAGAGCGGGCCAGGCCACUACCUGUCGCACUUGCUCGGACAUGAAGGGCCGGGGAGCUUGCUCGCAGAACUGAAGGCCAGGGGAUGGUGUAACAGUUUGGUGGGCGGGACACGUAUCGGCGCACGCGGCUUCGGUUUCUUUGGAGUGCAAGUCGAUCUGACCGAGGACGGCGUUGAGCAUAUUGACGACAUCGUUGCUCUAGUGUUCCAGUACAUAGCCAUGCUCCGUGAGACCAAGCCCCAGCGCUGGGUCUGGGAGGAGCAGCGAGACCUCAUGGCCAUGGAGUUCCGCUUCAAAGACGCGCAGGAACCCAGGUCUUUGGUCACCUCACACGUCGGCCUUUUACAUGAAUUCCCGAUGGAAGACGUCCUGAGUGCGUAUUACCUGCUGACAGAGUGGAAGCCCGAACUGGUAGACGAGCUGCUAGCUAUGUUGACGGCCGAGAACGUGCGCGUCGGUAUAGUCGCGAAGGUGUUUGCGGACAAGUGCACGCAGGUGGAGCCGUGGUACGGCACCAAGUAUCUGCAGGAGGACAUUGACCCUAAGAAAAUCAAGGAGUGGAACUCCAUGAAGCCGCUCCCCGCGCUGCACCUGCCGCCCCCCAACGAGUUCAUUCCUGCACGACUAGAGCUGGAGAAGGAAAAGGACCCCACCUGCGGCGCCGUGGCGCCCUCUAUGGUCAGGGACUCUCCGCUGAUGCGACUGUGGUUUAAACAAGACAACGAAUUCCGGUUGCCGAAGGCCUUCCUAACUUUUGAUUUGGUCAGCCCGCUCGCCUACCAAGACCCCACCAAUUGCAACCUGACGUCUCUAUGGGUGCUAGUGUUCCGCGACAGUCUGCAGCAGUUCGCAUAUUCGGCGGAGCUGGCCGGGCUACGGUGGAGCAUCGGAAAUGCCAAGUACGGCGUCAGUAUAACGAUAGACGGGUACGAUGACAAGCAGCACGUGUUGCUGGAGAAGAUAAUAGACAACAUUGUCAACUUCAAGGCGGACCCGCAGCGGUUCGCCAUCAUGAAGGAGAACCAUAUUCGCGGCAUCAGGAAUUUUGAGGCUGAACAACCUUAUCAGCACGCAGUAUACCAGCAGGCUCUUUGUUUAUCCGACCUGGUGUGGACGAGGUGCCAACUUCUGGAGGCUGCCGAUCGUCUAACGCCGGAGAUGCUGGAUGAUUUCGCAGCACGCUUCAUCAGAAAAGUCCACAUCGAGGGCCUCAUGUUCGGCAACCUCACCAGAGAGAAGGCGCUUAGGAUCGCAGACAUGGUUGAGGGGAAAAUACCAAAAGACGCAUCACCUCUUCUAGCUCAACAGCUUCUAUUAUACAGAGAAGUGGAAAUAGAAAAAGGAGCACAUUAUUUGCGAGAGAAAGAGAACGCAGUACACAAAUCGUCUUGCGCGUCUCUCUACUACGCGUGCGGCGUGCGAGCGACUCGACCAAAUGUUGUGCUGGAGUUGCUCGCACAGACCCUGUCGGAGCCCUGCUUCAAUGUGCUACGGACUAAGGAGCAACUCGGCUACAUUGUGUUCAGCGGCGUGCGGCGCUCCAACGGGGUCCAGGGGCUCCGAGUUAUAGUCCAGAGCGACCGACACCCCGCAUAUUUGGAGCAGAGGAUAGAAUCCUUCCUUAAGGAACACAAGGAUUACUUAGAAGCCAUGUCAGAGGAAGAAUUCGUGAAGCACCGCUCGGCGCUCGCGGCGCAGCGCCUCGAGCGGCCCAAGCGGAUGUCUACUAAGGCCUCGCAGAUAUGGAGCGAGAUCAGCGCACAGGUAUACAACUUUGACCGGCCGCGGGUGGAGGUGGACAUUCUCAACACAGUUACUAAGGAGGAGCUCAUACAGUUCUAUAAGAAACAUAUAAGCGAUUCGUCGGAGGACCGACAAAAGUUGUCGGUGUACAUCGUGUCGACGGCAGAGGGCGGCGCCGGCGCCAGCGGCGAGAAGAGAGACGAGGAGAAAACUGAGGCCAAGCCCACCGUCAUCUCGGAUCUCGUGGAGUUCAAAUCGAGGAGACGCCUCUACGCGCACCCCGUGCCCUUCACCAACAUACCGCGAAAAGGGGCCCAAUGCAAGCUGUAACCUCCAACAUAGACCAGUUAACCCUUUCAGUGCCAGCGCGUGCUAUAGGGACCGUGCGCGUUGAAGGUUCUGCCAUCUUGUGGCCUGAAUCGGAAACAUAAACAUGUGCAUUGCCAAAGCAAGUGCUACCAUCUACCGUUCUCGUCGGUACGUUUCCUUGUGCAUAGUAGGUUCUGCCAUCUUGUGGGCUACAUCGGAAGCAUAAACUUCAUAUUUACGCCUCUCGCCAAAAAUCUGACGGCUCCUAUGCAGCCCCCGAUAGUUCAUGGCCGGGUCUGGCCUAGUGGGUAGUGACCCUGCCUGUGAAGCCGAUGGUCCUGGGUUCGAAUCCCGGUAAGGACAUUUAUUUGUUCCUGAGUCAUGGGUGUUUCCUAUGAUAAGUAUGUAUUUAUCUAUAUAAGUAUGUAUAUCCUCGCCUAGGACCCAUAGUACAAGCUUUGCUUAGUUUGGGGCUAGGUUGAUCUGUGUAAGAUGUCCCCUUAUAUUUAUUACUUUAUUUCAAAAACAUUUAUUUACAUACAAUAUAUAUACAGUGGUACUACUAAACGAAAUUAAUAACUAGCUUAAAUCUAAAAUAGGCCCUUAUUUCAAAUGAAUUUCAAACCUACAUGUGUUUAUAGAGUAAUGAAUUUGCACAAAUAUAUUCUAAAAUGUCGUUUUUAUCUUCACGUAUUCAACGGUCUCCUACGAAGCAGAUCCCGGGUUGGGGUGCCCCUUAAUACGCCUAACAUUAAUUGUCAUAAUAUGAAUUGGCAUAACAUAAUUGUUCAUAACAUUAAACAGGCAUAAUAAUAAAAAAGCAAUGCUCUCCAAAGGGCCUCUACAUGUUGGAUCUAUAUCCCCA